GAAGAAGCCGACAGCCGGGAGGACGCCCGAGGAGGCGGCUAUUCGGCUGCAGAGGUGGAACAGAUUCUGGAGGCUGGCGCGGUACGCUUUGCCGUCGCUGGAGCCUCGCAUGCUUCCAGCACCUGCAGCAUCUGCCUCGAGCCGCUCUCUGGCGAGGACGCAUCGGAGCCGCCGUGCACGCUGCCCUGCCUCCACACGUUCCACCGCGCCUGCGCUGGGGCCUGGAUUCCCCAGCGGGGGACGUGCCCGAACUGCCGCGUGCGCGUGGAAGAGAACCAAGAAGGCGUCGACACGUGA